CUCUUGCUUUUCGACUUUCUUCUCUUGUUUCCAUCCAAUGUCAAAUCGACCACUCCCUCCUGGUGGCGAUGACAUGCAACCCUACCGUCAGCCUCGUCCGGUUCGGACCCAGCAACCUAGAACCAGUCGACCCCCUCCUGCCAAUUACAAUGGCACUCGAACGUCAGCUCAAAUGAUGGAGGCUGGAAACACACCAUAUCGUAGAGUCAGUUUGUCCAGAGCCAGGUCAUUGUCUCGACCAGAACGACAGAGACCAAGACCCGGUAUGCUUCGUGAUCAUACUCGAGGAGAGAUGGAUUAUCGACCACAAGCACCUCCCCCUGGUCGACCCCUCGGACCUGCAGAACAGCAGCGCCGAAUGCGAGAACAAAUGCAACAGAGAAAUGCAUUGCAGAGACAAUCCACUAUGCCCGGUACUGCUCCUGCGCAACCUCAAAGGAUACCACAAGGUCCGAUGCCACAGGGCCCGCCACCACCACCUCCUCCGCCGAAAGCAGUGAAGAAGAGCGACACUGUCGUUCGUGGUUGGUGGGGUUGGACUGCUCGUAUAGCAACGUGCUGUUUCCCAAAUUGGUUCAUAAAAAGCUGUCUGCGGAAGCCCAAUGCUCUCAUGCAGCAAGCAUGGCGAGAGAAGCUUACUUUGGUUUAUAUCAUUCUUCUUGCCUGCUUGGCCCUUGCUUUCCUUACCGUUGGUCUUCAACGUGUUCUUUGCCCAGUUGUUCGCUUGUCAUACCCUUAUUCACAAGUUGUCGAUGGUCAUCGUGACAAGGUCUAUCGGGAAAACGUCACCAUCUAUGGUUCCAUCUACCCCUUUUCGGUUGCUCAGUCCUUUUUUUCUUCAAAUGGUCUCAACUUAACCAAAGAUUACCAAAAUACCGAUUUAAGCGGAAUGUUUAAUGCGGACUCCACCGGAGCUUGUCAAAAGUAUGACGCUGGUCACACCCCAAAUUCUUUGGGUGCCUGUCGAGUAAAUGAUCCUUAUGGCGGAUGGAUUCAAAAGCCUGAUAAUAGCUGCUUGGCUUUGGCCGAUCUGCAAAAGAUUUACGCCUCUGCAGCUUCUCUCAGUUUUGAUUGGGAAGACUUGCAGCCUAAUGGAGUGGAUAAUCUGGCUCAAUCACCAUUAUUAAUUUACGGCGAUAGUGUCUUGAACAUCUCAAACUACCUCAGUGCCAACACUCAGUUCUUCGGCAGCGCUGGCGAUCUCAUCUUGAAAAAUGGAAGAGGAAAUGACGCCUCAUAUUCUCUUAUGAACAACCCCCAGACGAAAGACGCCAUCCCCUGUUUACUGGCUCGUUAUCAAGCUGGUGUCAUUUCUACUGAAAACGGUGGAUGUAUCGCAGCUAAUAUUAUCAUGAAUGUCAUGAUCGCUGUCAUUAUCGCCGUGGUUGUUAUUCGUUACCUCAUGGCUAUUAUCUUCCAAUGGUUUAUUGCUAGUAGUUUGGUCAAGCCUGGUGGUCGAUCUGGCUUUUUGUCUUGGCGUUCCAAAGCCGGUGGCAAUGACGAUCCUGCGAAUCAUGUUCGAGCACCUACCAAUAUCUACAACAGUGCCGCUAUGCAAUCCAGCUCGUCCGUUAACUCAUCCAGAGAUAACUCUCCCACUGCUUCGCCGUCUUUGUCCGCUGUUGAUUUAAAGCCCAAUGUCGAUAUUGUCACUACCAAAUUGUACACCAUUCUUCAAGUCACAUGUUAUUCUGAAGGCGAGGAGUCCAUGCGUACCACGAUGGACAGUUUGGCGAACACAACCUAUUCCAACAAACACAAGGUAUUCAUGGUCAUCGCCGAUGGAUUAAUCACUGGUUCUGGCGAAUCUCGCUCAACCCCUGAUAUUGUCAUUGAUAUGCUGGACCUCGACCCUACCAUGCCUGAACCCAAAGCCUGCUCUUACUUGGCUAUUGCUGAUGGUGAAAAACAACUGAAUAUGGCCAAGGUUUAUGCUGGUCACUACAAAGGUGUGGCAUGUUUGGUGAUUGUUAAAUGCGGUACACCUGCUGAAGCCAAGCUUCCCAAGCCUGGCAAUCGUGGCAAACGUGACUCUCAAAUGAUCCUCAUGGCUUUCUUCCAACGCGUGCUGUUCAAUGAUCGUCUGUCUGAGUUGGAUUAUGAGAUUUUCUGGAAAAUGACUUGGUUGACCAAAGGUGUCACCCCUGACAAAUUCGAAACUGUUCUUAUGGUGGAUGCUGAUACCAAGGUCCUUCCCGAUGCUUUGACCUAUAUGGUGGCUGCUAUGGUCAACGACAUCACUAUUAUGGGACUUUGUGGUGAAACUCGAAUUGCCAACAAGCGAACUUCAUGGGUCACCGCUAUUCAAGUCUUUGAAUAUUAUAUCUCUCAUCAUUACGCCAAAGCCUUCGAAUCCCUGUUUGGUGGUGUCACUUGCUUGCCAGGAUGUUUCUCCAUGUAUCGUAUCAAGGCUCCAAAGAAUGGCUCAUGGGUGCCUAUUCUUGCCAACCCGGAUAUUGUGUUAGAAUACAACGAGAAUGUCGUCACUACUUUGCAUGAGAAGAAUUUGUUGCUGCUAGGCGAGGAUCGUUUCUUGUCGACCCUUAUGCUUCGAACCUUCCCCAAGCGACAAAUGAUGUUUGUUCCUCAGGCUCGCUGCAAGACCAUUGUGCCGGAUACCUUUUCUGUCCUUUUAUCUCAACGUCGUCGCUGGAUUAACUCUACUGUGCACAAUUUGAUGGAACUUGUUCUUGUUUCUGAUCUCUGUGGUAUUGCAUGUCUUUCCAUGCAGUUCUCUGUCUUUAUCGAUUUGAUCGGUACAGUUGUCCUCCCAGCUGCCAUCGUUUUGACCGUCUAUGUGAUUAUCAGUGUUGCCUUGGCUGAAAACAGAAACUGGCAACCCAUUAUUCUGCUUUGCUGUAUCAUCGGUCUCCCUGCCGUGUUGAUUGUGUUAACCACUCGCAAAUUUAUCUAUAUUCUAUGGAUGAUUGUAUAUUUACUGGCUUUGCCUGUUUGGAAUUUGAUCCUUCCAGCUUAUUCUUUCUGGCGCUUUGACGAUUUCUCAUGGGGUGCCACUCGUGUGGUUGAAGGAGAGAAGAAGGACAAGGACGAAAUGCAAUCUUUUAACCAACCACAUAAUAGCCCUAGAAGAGGACCUACAGCUCGCCUUCCCCCACAUCAACAACCACCCACCAUGCUGAUAAGUCCCCAAACCUUGCAUCAACAACAACAACACUCUGAUGAUGGGGAUGAAUCUACUGACGGCUCAUCCAACUCGCACUUGACACAUGAACUCCUUUCACAUCAAGGUCGCCGCAUCUAAACAGCAUACAUCGUAACUUUGUUUGCUGAAUCUCGACAAUUCCAUUUAGUACCUCAUUUUUUUUUCUUCUUCUUUGUAUUUCACCACUGCUGCUGAAAUCGGUUCAUCUCCAUUAUCUCAUUUUCACACUGUAAACCUCGCCCUCGUUUCCCCCCAGCCAAACCUUGCUAAUCUCGAUUUGCUGCUGCUACUGCAUCCUUUGUAAUUUGUCCUUCAGCUUGUCAUCUUUCUCCCUAUACGUUGUAAUAUCAUCCUCGUUAUAUAUCUGAUUUUCUUUUUCCAUUUAUCAAAUAUACAGACUCUGCUGUUCACUGUGAGUGUUCUGCGAUGUAAGCUGUGCAAUUAUAAAAGCAAUUGAAUCUUUGAUAUA